AGUAACGGAAGGUAUUUCCUCGCGUUAAUAAUAAUGUUAUUGGAAUUUUCAAGAUGGCGGAACGAGACGAACACGGCCGCUUUUAUAAACGUAAAUCACCAAAAAAAGUCGUUAAACGUGAUAAGAAAGUUUUAUUUGACCACAACUAUACAAAUACAUUUAAUUGCGAUGCCGGGGAUUGUAUAAAAAGCCAGUGUAAUGCCGACGGUCACAUUGAUUUGCCGCAAAACGUGGAUAGAAGUGGGUGGAGAAUUGGACGAAGAUUAGUUGAAGUUGGAUUUUUACUGGAACAAUUACAAUAUUGCUGUGAAUGCCGACUGGGGCCUUUAACAUUCGACAAUAUGGUUGGUGAGCUAAAGAAGGGAUUAGGAGGCUAUUUGUAUGUCAGAUGUCAAAAUCAUGACUGUCUUGCCAUCAACCGUGUUCCCUAUGGAAAAACACACAGAGUUAAGAAAAGGGGAAUGCCAUGCUUUGCUGCAAAUACAAAACUUGGUACAGCAAUGAUUGAUGGUUUGGGUGGAUCCAGCAAGGUCAACAAUAUGUUGUCAACAUUAAACAUAAAACCAGUCCAUAGGAAUAACCUGCAGGCAAUUGAAAGGCGAGCGGGAUCGUAUGUUGAAAAUGUAGCAGCCAAGUCUACCAGGAAAGCAGCAAAUGAGGCUUUUGUGUCAGAGAUGAAAGAUGUUGCUGAGGAGGAAUCUGCAACAGCCAUGAAGACCAUGGACAACUAUGUUGAAUACCUUGGAGUUGGUCUAUUGCCAGAUUCAUCACCUUCAACAAGAACAAGGAUUGAACAGGCCUGGUCAACAGCACCUGAUGAUGGCUGGACAGACAUUGACGAGGAACAUGGCGGGAUUCCAAUUAGACCACACAGAAAGAAUACAUGUAGACGGCGAACGCACCAACACAUCUUUCCCAUAGAAAAGUCCCAGUCCAGGAAAAGGUUGUCAGUCCUGUUUCCAUGUAAAACCAGACAUGGAAUGUCAUGUGCUGUGGGCACUGCAUGGCAAAAGCGUGGAUUUGACAGUUUGACAUGUAUUUGA